CAAUUCAUAUAAAUUGGCUCUCAGCCACCAUUGGUUGUUCAUCAGAGCAGUUAUAGUCAUUGUACUAGUGAAGGUUCAGUCUUGCAGAUGGAUGCUGUGGGGAGGACUGCCAAAGCCAAUUAUGAAUGCUUGCUCUUCGAUCUGGAUGACACUUUAUACCCGCUGAGUUCAGGCCUUAACUUGGCUUGCCGCAAAAACAUAGAAGAGUUCAUGUUGAAGCACUUGAAUAUAGAUGAAAAAGAUGUACCAAGAAUGUGCUUGGAAUUGUACCGAGAACAUGGAACGACAAUGGCCGGUCUAAAGGCUCUUGGUUACGAAUUUGACAACGAUGAGUUCCAUGCUUACGUUCAUGGAAAAUUACCAUAUGAGAAACUGAAGCCCGAUCCAGUGCUCAGGAACCUGCUACUAUCCAUGCCACAGCGUAAAAUUUAUUUUCAGAUAUUCACCAACUCUGAUCAGGCGCACACAGUUCAAGUUCUGAGUAGGCUGGGGCUGGAAGAUUGUUUUGAAGGCAUCGUAUGCUUUGAAACUCUGAACGCUCCUCCUCCUGAACCCAUUGAUAAUUUCGAUGCAUUAAAUGAUAAUACACUUCUUGCUGGAGAAGAUCAAGACCAAAAUCUUACCACAGACGUGAUUGAUGAUAAUAGUACCAGCUCCAAGCCAAGAAUCCUCUGUAAACCCUCCCUGGAAGCUAUAGAAGCUGCAAUUCGGAUCGCGAAUAUUGACCCACAGAGAACAAAUUUUUUUGAUGAUAGCGCUCGGAACAUUGCAAGCGGAAAAGCAGCAGGCCUUCACACAGUUAUUGUCGGUGCCUCAGAAUUGGUGGCUGGAGCCGAUUAUGCCCUGAGCAGCAUCCACAACAUCAAAGAAGCAAUUCCUGAAAUAUGGGAAGCUGAGGCAGAGCAGCUUCAGCAGGUUAUCCAGCCCACUUCAGUCGGAACUGCAGUCCGUGCCUAGCUUUAAUUUCUCACUCCAGAAAAUCCAGAUUUAUUGUUAUGUGGCUUUAUGUUAUAUAUGCACCAUGUAUCCAGUCCAGAAUAAUGGAACAAAAAGCCGAUAAUGAAAUUAUAUUAAUUUAAAAAAAAAAAAAAAAAACAAGUUUGAAAUUGC